AUGGACAAGCAUAUCGUAUACUCAUCCUCUCAGAACCUUCUCACUCGAGUCUCACCUUCCCAGCUCGCCGUCAGUGUACGAGACUCGACCAAGGCCUCUCACCUCGCUGAACAGGGCGUCAGAGUCGCUCAGGCGACUUUCGAUGACCCCUCAUCGCUCCGCGAAGCUUUCAAGGGCGGUGAGAAACUCUUACUGGUUUCAGUCGAUAAUUUCGAAAACGCCGUUAAACAACACAAAACGGCUAUUGAUGUAGCUAAGGAAGUAGGAAUCAAGACCAUCUUCUAUACAAGUCACAUCGGAGCGGAUCUCAAUUCUCCUUUCUUAGCUUGUCAGCACCAUGCUGAAACUGAAGAAUAUAUCUCAGAAUCAGGUUUACAAUGGUAUUCACUCCGAAAUGGGUUUUACAACGAGGGAUUACCUAUGAUGCUCAAUAACCCCAUCGAGUCAGGCGCUAUUUACGCUCCGGAAGAUGGACCUACUUCAUGGACUGCCCACAAAGAUCUCGCCGAAGCUACUGCCAUCCUCCUUACCGACGAAUCCAAAUUACCUAAAGAUAGAGGAAAUUUAGUACCACUGACAGCGUCUGACGCGGUAGAUUUCCAAGGUAUAGCAGAAGCCUUAUCUCAAGUUACUGGAAAAGCAAUAAACAGAGUGGUCAUUUCCGAUGAGCAGUUCCUUGAGAAUACGGUGAAAUGUGGUCUUCCGGAAUUUGUAGCGAAUGCUAUCUUGGGUAUUUACAAAGCUAGUACACAAGGUGGAUUCAAUAAGGUUGAUCCUCUUCUGGAGGACUUGUUGGGUAGAAAACCUGAAACUGUGUCAGAAUGGGCCAAGAGAGUUUAUGGUUAG